AUGAAUGGUAGGGACAGCCCUCCCUGGUACUGCUUUGAUGGCUUUACCUUUUUUGCCAAAGCUCAGGCUGCCAACAUUGACCAGCUUGUUCUGGAAGCCCUUUCGGCCACAUGUCACAUCGGUUAUUUCAGCCGUGGUCUCAGCGACGAGGAAGAUUACGACCCAAAGCUACUGGCUCUUCUGAACCUCUGUGUUCUCUUCGAUACGGUUAAUUAUUUUAAGCCAUACAUGGCUCACAUCGAUUUCUGGAGGACCGUCAGCGAAAAAUGGGGGCUUCUACCGGACUACAGGAUGACUCGACUUCUCAUUCACAUGUAUUCGGGUGCUAGGGAGACUUUUCUUGCUGACUUCAGUGGCAAUGCAGCACCAGAAGCCUCCAAGAAUAUCGUUUCCGGCCUAAGUGUUGAGUUGGGCAAGAUUGUGGACGAGUGGCGUGCUAUGUAUAAGAAAGACUACGUUCUCCUUCGAAUGAAGGCAUACGAAGAUCCCGAUGACGACCUGGCGCAGAAAUUCGAGCUAGCAAAACGACAGUGGAAAGGAACGCUUAGUGUAUCAACAUGUUUAUUGCUGAUGCAUGCUCUUGAAGCUCACGAAGGAGCUGAUUACUCGAAUGGCAAGCAGCUUGUUUCCCAUAAGUCAGAUACCAACCAUUCUGAUGAGAUCGAUGAGGACUCACCUGCCAGCGACAAGGAAAGCGAAUCUGACCUCGAACAGGAGCAAACCGAUGUGAACAUGGAUAUUGACAAUUACAGCAACAACAACCUGUCCCCAGUUCUACGUGCCUUUAAUUCAAUGCCAACCUCAUCCGUGGAGAUUGAAAAAUCCCAGCGACAUCAUAAAAGUGCUGGCUACGACACCUUGUUGGUAACUCCCACAGUUUCGCCCCUCACGUCACCUAGCCGAGAAGAGUCGCCAGCCUCAAUUACAGCCGACGACGACUACGACACCCUUGAGGACUCUGAGACGAACUUUUCAGCAAUUAUGCAAGAUUCAAACAAACUCCCUGGUACUCUUUCCUCAUCCAGUUGCCCUAACACCUUAUGUGGAGAAGCUAUAACCCGUUCUCCCAAGAAGGUGCACUUCGAGCUCCCAACCCGCCCGGCUCCUCCAGGCACCAAAACCCUCUUUCCCAGUAGCAAGGAUGCCGGCGAGGGGUCUAAUACUGCCGGUGGUGCUGGACAUGUAAGUAAAUGGUUUUCUUUUUAUCCCUCGCCAUCACGAGGAAGUCAGGCUCAGAGUAAUGCAGGCAGCCGCGGACAUUGUUAA